UGUCCCAGACCAACUCUUCUCUCCUGGACGAGGUGCUGCAGUGGAGUCAGGAAACCUGCCGCCAGAAUCUCAAGUCUGUCCUGCCCAAACUCACCAUAUCCUCUCAAACGUGACAGCGAGCUGAUUCAUUCUUCAGGUAUACUGAAGGUCAUCACGGACAUGUUCCUCCCUCAUAUUGGUCUGUCUGAGCUGGAAGAUGAGUGCUUCUCCAAGAUCCUACCAAAGGCGGUGACCAUGUUUGAAAGCAUGGUCAAAGAACUCGUGGACCAAGUAGGAGGGCUGUCCAGUCAAAACACUGAACUGUGUGCCUUACUAAGAAACAUUCUGCAGGCAAUGGUGCAGAUAAUUGAUGCCCUAUCCACUUGUGUGCGUCACAUUGGCACAUUUGAGGAAGUCCCUGACUUAGAUGCCAUCCGCUCGUUACCGACUUGUAUCCUGAAGGUUCUGAGGGAAACCUUUCAACACUGCAAGGAGAGUGAGGUGGUUUACUGUGGCCGUCUGUCCCUGGUGGCUGACCUGCUGCAAGGACUCUUCAAGGAGGCUUACUCCCUCCAGAAGGGUCUGCUGGAGCUGCUGGACCGCAUUUCCCUGGACAGCAGUGCCGCAGAGGAAGAGGUCUCUGAUAUUGUAACAGUGAUUCACAACAUGCUGGACAUCUGCUCUAUUAUCUCCAACCUGGACAUAGCACUGCACGCAAACAUGUGGAAAUUCCUCAUCAAACAGAGUCUGAAGUACCAGUCAUUGGUGGAGGAACACCUCCAUCACGGUGACAUCAGCAACAGCCUGUGUGACAACCUGAUGGUCUCCUUCAACAACUGUGUGGAGCUGGCUGAACAGAUUAAACAUGCUGGUCUGCAGGAGGCAACACAAAGCCCAGAAUACAAACUGUUCCAGAAAACUGCAAAGAUGUGUCGAUUCUUUGCCAACACUUUGGUUCAUGACAUAAAGGAAUUCAAGUGUUUCUGA